AUGGGUUGUAAUGGGAUUGAACAUUUGUGCAAACAAGUGGUAGAAGAAAAAAAGGGUUUCAGACAAAUGAAUGAUGAUGAGUUGGGUAGUGUGAUAAGGGAAGUUAUGUCUCAAGAAGUUAAUGAUUCUGUUUCUUCUAAGAUGGAGGAGUAUUUGAAGGCAAAUUUAGGACUAGAAUCAUCGGAAUCGGAAGCUACUUCUUUGGCACACAUAGGUUUGGAACAUUGCAUCACAGAAACUAGUGGAACUGAGAGAAAUUCACCAAUAGCUGAAGACGAGGUUAUGAUUUCUAGGUCAAUGACAGAAAAGAGAGCGCUUCGAAGGCAUGACCUAAUAUUGGACAGACUAUCAGAGCAUGAGAAGGAAAAACUGAUUGCUAACCUAGUGAAGAUACAAAAAGACGGGACCGUUGAAGUUGAUCUAGAAAGGAGUGCUAGUGUUGCUUCCGAGUUGUUAGAGCUUCAGUCUUAUGAGGAGUCAACAGUGAGUGGAAGUUUUAUUAUUUCUGAUUCAAAAAAAUCAGUUCCGCGGUUGCAAAUUGUCAUACUUGUGGUUGGAACUAGAGGAGAUGUACAACCUUUUGUGGCCAUUGCAAAGAGACUUCAGGAGUAUGGUCAUCGUGUUAGGCUAGCAACUCAUGCUAAUUUUAAGACAUUUGUAAGAUCCGCUGGUGUAAAUUUCCACCCUUUGGGUGGUGAUCCUCGGGUAUUGGCAGGAUAUAUGGCAAGGAAUAAAGCUUGCACAGCACCUGAUUCAGAAACUGGCAUUCCCUUCACAGCUCAGGCUAUUAUUGCCAACCCUCCUGCUUAUGGCCAUGUACAUGUUGCUGAAGCCCUUGGGGUGCCUAUUCACAUCUUCUUCACAAUGCCAUGGACGCCAACCUAUGCAUUUCCUCAUCCUUUGGCACGUGUUCCUCAAGGUGCUGGUUAUUGGCUAUCUUAUAUAAUUGUGGAUCUACUGAUAUGGUGGGGAAUGCGAGGAAUUAUUAAUGACUUCAGGAAAAGAACGUUGAAGCUUCCUCCUAUUGCAUACUUCAGCAUGUAUCGUGGAUCAAUAUCUCAUUUACCAACUGCCUAUAUGUGGAGUCCUCAUCUUGUUCCGAAACCAAACGACUGGGGUUCUUUAGUUGAUGUUGUUGGUUACUGUUUCUUGAGGCUUGGGUCGAAGUAUCAACCACGGGAAGAUUUUGUCCAAUGGAUUAAAAAAGGACCAUCUCCUUUAUAUUUUGGAUUCGGAAGCAUGCCUCUUGAAGAUCCUAAACUAACAACAGAUGUUAUAUUGGAGGCACUAAAAGAGACCGAACAACGAGGAAUUAUUGACCGAGGUUGGGGUAAUCUAGGAAAUUUGGCAGAAAUUUCUGACGAUGUUUUCCUUCUCGAGGAAUGCCCUCAUGAUUGGCUGUUUCCUCAAUGCUCUGCCGUGGUGCAUCAUGGUGGAGCCGGAACCACCGCUACAGGAUUAAAAGCUGGGUGUCCAACAACAAUAGUUCCAUUCUUUGGAGAUCAAUUCUUUUGGGGAGAUAGAAUACAUCAGAAAGAGUUGGGACCAGAACCAAUUCCAAUAUAUGAGCUCAAUGUUGAGAAUUUAUCAAAUGCUAUAAAAUUCAUGCUCCAGCCCGAGGUGAAAUCUCGGGCGAUGGAAGUUGCUAAGUUGAUAGAGAAUGAAGAUGGCGUUGCAGCUGCAGUUGACGCGUUUCAUCGCCAGCUGCCCGAUGAGCUACCGCUGCCAGCUCCAUCUCCUAUUGAGGAGGACCAGUUAAGUCAUCUUGAUUGGUUUUUCGACCAACUUGCAAAGUGGUGUUGUGUGCCUUGUGGUGGUGUGUAG